GAGAGAGACAGUUCUGACGAGGCUUGUUCCUGCUGCUCCUGGUCGCUGUCAGUAUUACAGCGGAGUUCAGAGCUACCGGAGGUCCCGUGGAUAAUUAGGCUACUCUACAGUCUGACCGAAAAAAAACCCGUCUAACUGACAGCAGCAGAAACGUCCCACCCUGUACCUCUUUUCCCAGGAGCUGGACACAAGCUAAUUGAGACGAUGCUUUUCUGUCUGCUGCCUUUCGCGGCUCUCUUGCUGCGCGCAGAGGGCAGGCGCGGGGGAACGGUGGUUGGUAACAAAAACAUUGGCCACGCGAUGGACAACGACAAAUGGCUCAGCACCGUGUCUCAAUACGACAAGGACAGAUAUUGGAACAAAUUCAGAGAUGAUGACUACUUCAAAAGCUAUGGUCCUGCCAAGCCUAUCAACCAAGAGACAGAGGCGAGGCCCAGCAGACAUGGGGAACCAGGAACCAAAGCCCACUCCAACCCAGGAAAGAGGAGAACAGAAGAGGCUCCGGACGCCACUAAAGACCCGUGUCUGAAGGUGCGCUGCCCUGCUCACAAGGUGUGUUUCAGCCACGACUACCAGACAGCCAUCUGCACCAACAUCAACCACAAGCAGCCUAGACACAGUGUGAAACCCAGAAAAGAAAGAUUGGCCCACAAACACUGGGCAGGAGCAGUGGCCCAUGGGAAGUGUGGUCCGUGCCCUGUCAUCCACCCCAGCCCCGUGUGCGGCUCUGACGGCCACACCUACUCCUCUAAGUGUAAGCUGGAGUUCCAGGCGUGCACAUCAGGGAAGAGCAUCGCUCUGAAGUGUGAGGGACCGUGCCCAUGUCUGCCUGGUCAGGAACUGGUCAAACCACACAGAGACAAGACAGAGAAGACCGUCUGCAGUGAUGGGGACCUGCAUAGCCUAGCAUCCAGACUGAAGGACUGGUUUGGAGUUCUCCACCUCGAUGCCAACCGAGACCUCAAAACCUCUGCCAACUCUGAUUCAGCGGCAGGACGUUUUGACACCAGUAUCCUGCCCAUCUGUAAGGACUCUCUGGGUUGGAUGUUCAACAAGCUGGACAUGAACUAUGACCUCCUGCUGGACCAAUCAGAGCUCAGUGCCAUCUACCUGGAUAAGUAUGAGCUGUGUAUGAAGCCCCUGUUCAACUCCUGCGACUCCUUCAAGGACGGGAAACUGUCCAACAACGAGUGGUGCUACUGCUUCCAGAAACCUGACGGUCUGCCCUGCCAGAAUGAGAUGAACAGGAUUCAGACUCAGGGUCGACGGAAGAGUCUCAUAGGGGCCUAUAUUCCACGCUGUUCUGAGGAGGGUUACUUUAAGUCAACCCAGUGUCAUGGCAGUACUGGACAGUGUUGGUGUGUGGACAAAUACGGCAACGAGAUCGCCGGCUCCAGAAAACAGGGCAACCCCACCUGUGAGGAGGAUCAAGAGACCUCGGGGGAUUUUGGCAGCGGGGGUGGCGUCCUUCUCCUUGACGACCAGGAGGAGGAGCCACCUCGGAGUGGGAGGAGCCGGCAGAAGCAGAGGCGGGGCCGGAUCCAUCCCAGAGGGGCCAUCGAGGAUGACGAGGACGAGGAAGAUGACAAAGAUGAUGAGAUUGGCUACGUCUGGUAGCUCUGCCCCCACCUGCUCUCCCAUCAACCAACCAGGGACUCCCGUUAACUCUGCACAGACCUGAAGCCAUUCCAGCGUCUCCUUCGUCCCGCCCCUGCCCCUCAACAUCAGUCCAUGUCCAACUGACUUUUCCUUCCUCUUGUUCACAACUUCAUUGAAGCUUUCUCUUCGUUAAUCCCGUCCUACUCAACCUUCAUAUAAUGUAUCCACCUUCUACUCUCCUUCAGAUAAUGGAGACCUAUUCAAUUCAAACAAAGACUCUUUUCUUGUGUUACCCUCUGCUUCAACUGUCCCCAAACCCUUCCAUUUUUGACUGACACCGAUUGCUAUAGCCUCAUUCUCUCUCUCUCUUGCUCUCUCAUCUCCCCUUUCUCUCUCUUUAUCUGCCUGUGUUUCUGGGAGUUUCGUGUCUGUCUGAGGCCAUAGACACAUUGAUGUAAAUACCUUCACAACAGGAAGGCGAGAUUCUACAGUAUGUUCCGUUCCCUGGCCCUUCUGUCAGAGGCUGUUCUCCUGUUUGUGUUCCACUCGCGUCCUCCCUCCUCAUGUUCUAGAAUACCAUAUUCUCGGGUUCCAGAAUACUCUAUAGGCUCUUUGCUUGAGAAUAUUGUUCUGGCUGUUAUUGAAUGUUCCAGGGUGUCCUAGAAUCAGCGAGAGUGAUUGUGUUUUUUUGCAUGUUCCCCUACUACGCCCCUGCUGAAGACAUGUUUGGGUAGCCAGAUAUGUAACCCAGAGUAUACACAUUUAGUUUGGUUUAUUUGGUGACAAUGCCCACAUUCGCUGCUGCAGCGCUCUCUUCUGUUGCAGUCUUAUUGCCGUGCAAACCUCCUCUAAUGUAGCUUUUAGAAGUUUAAAACGACAUUGUGAGCCACUAACUGAAUAGCAACCUCUAUCUUCAGCUUGAAAGUUCAAAACAUACAUAUUGUUUUUCCAUUCAUUUGAUUAUUAUUAUUUAUUUAUUUUUAAACAGUUUUGUACUUUGGUUCAGGUGGAGACGAGCACUUUGUCUGUGGAAUUUCAGAUCAGAGAAAUCCUACAAGGUACCCAGACCUUUUUCAAACCUCCACAAACCAGCCUGCAGCUUUUGAGACGGACACAAAUAUAUUUUUCUUUCAUUUGAACGGUUUUCUUUUAUUUAUUUUUAUUUUUACAAAAAGCAGCAGGAGUUUAAAAAUAAUGUUUUACCAUAAUAGUUUUGUUUGUCGUAGAGUUUGAUUUCUGUAGCCAUUGGUUUGUAUUGUUGACAUAAGAAGUGAAAUAUUCUAGCUAUAGUAUAGCUUCUAUUUUAAAUGAGUUCCUGCUUUAUUUCAGAAUAUUUCGGGUUGCAGUCAAGUGAGGUCAGUUAUCGUAAUGUAUCUACCCCACGAACCCAGAUGAGAUAGGCGUAACCCAUAAGACGGGCUUAUGAACAGUUAUAAGCGUUACACUGGUACAGUAUAAGCACACACACACAAUGCUUAGUGACAUUUCACUUUGAUAAUGACAGGCCUUCGAUGGUUGGACGCAUAUAUUCACAGGUCUGAGCCGGGCACUAUAUGCUUCAUUGGGCUUGUGAUGCAGCGUAAUGAUACAUUGCUUUUGCGUGCUUCGGCCAGUGGGAAGCGAUCUUGAACAGAUUUUUUAUUCACGUGUGAGAGUCUGUUGUGAUUGACACUUUGGUCCAUAUAGCACAAACAACAGCUCUACAGAAUAGACGUCUGAGCUCUUCUACUCUUCAGCAACACUGAUGUUUUCCAAGUGUAGUUCCAGGCAGGCACAGAGCUAAUUAGAAAACAGUCUGUCACGACCAAAACCUGCUUGCUCACUUUACAAAUCUCAUGCUCUCGCUCUCUUUCUCUGCUACCUCUCUCACAGCCUUUUACUCCCCCCUCCCUCUCUCUCUCGCUCUCACACAUCUUUACCUUCUUUCUGUCACUCGCUUAUUUUCCCUCUUUCUCUCACUCCCUCUCCCCUCUCUCUCACUAUCUCUCUCUGUGCUCUGUUUUUCACGCUGGUGGAAUGCAUGAGUGAGUUUUACAGCCGUGGCGCUCCUCUCGCUCCUCUCAUUCAUCUAAUUUCCCUUAUUUUGUUUUUUAUAGUUCGGAGUCGACACCCGUAGAGUAGGCCUUUCAUCUCAGUCUUCUCCCAGAGGAGCCUGGGAAAUCUGGGGACAGGAAGAGGAACACAGGGGAUGAAAGUGAUGCUUUUGGGUUCGGGGCUUUUUUUUUCUCCUUCCCUCAAAUCUCUCUCCCUUUCUCUAAUCCCCAUCGUCCAUUUUUGGUCUCUGUCCUUAUUGCGCUCCCUUUUCUCCCUUCUUCAGUCCACUCCUUAUCCCUUUCUCUCAUGCCCACACUCAUAUACAGUAUAUCUGUGUAUUUACUAAAAACGGAUGGGUGAUUUCUCCCUCUGUCCAUUAAUCAAUCGGUUGGUCCUUUCAGAUCACGACAUUAACUCAUCUAGUCACAACUGAUCACUGCAUCACAGUGACCUCUGACCCUGAUAUUGGUUGGUUGUUUGUUUAUCACGUGAACAGCAUGCAUGAUGACCCUUUUGUGUUUUGUCCCUGUGCAUCUUCAACUCUGACGUCUCUGUGUGUAUAUCAGCCAGAGAGACAAUAACCUCCCGCUAACACAAUACACACACACACACACACACACACACACACACACACAGCCUGUAACAUACUUGUAACACGUGUGUAUUAAGUCAUCUCUUGCUGUAGCAGUGUAAGGCCUCUUCUUUUGAUUCUGCAAUCAACCUGCCCUUGACCUUUGCCCUCUCAUGAUGUCAUAACUGACCCUUGCCCUGUCCUGAUGCCACUGCUGUCCCUCGCUUGCCUGGCCUGCUUGUGUACAUAGCUGAGUAACCCUCCCUCUGUUUGGCCCAAGUCACUCAAACGUCUACAGAAGCGGAAUUACAUGCAAUCCCAAGGUCCUUUGCUGUUGCUGAAAUGUCCUCAGAUACACACACGCACAUACACUCCCCUACGUCUUUAUUUGGACAGUGAAGCUAAAAUUUUUAAUUUGGCUCAAUACUCGCUAUUUGUAUUUGACAUCAAAUGUUUUAUAUGUGGCGACAGUACAAAAUGUCAGCUUUUAUUUUAGGCUAUUUUCAUCCACAUCUAUUUUACUGUUUAGAAAUGGAAGUAUGCUAUGUAUAUAGUUCCCCCCCAUUUGAAAAUGUCAGAAGUAUUUGGACAAAUUCACUUAUAGUGUAUGAGAUUUAGUCAAAAAUGUUGUAUUUGGUCCCAUGUUCCUAGCACUCAAGCUUGUGACACCCCAGGUUUGUAGUAUGCAUUUGGUUGUGUUUCGUGUUAUGUUGUGCCCAAUAGAAAGGAAUGGUAAAUAAUGUAUUGUGUCAUUUUGGAGUCACUUUUAUUGUAAAUAAGAAGAGAAUAUGUUUCAAAACACUUCUACAUUAACGUGGAUGCUACCGUGAUUACGUAUAAUCAUGAUGAGUGAGAAAGUUACAAAGGCGUAAAUGUCAUACCCCCCCCUCCAAAAAAUGCUAACGUCCCCUGUUAUUAGUAAUGGAGGAUAGCAUGUGUUUGGGGGUAUAAUCUUUGUGCAUCUCAAGCUUUCUCUCUCAUCAUUAUUCCCGUUGAAUUUGUCCAAAUACUUAUGACACUUUUAAAUGGGGGACUAUAUCCAUAAAGUACGUUCGUUUUUAAACAGUGAAACUGAUAUGUAUGAAAAUACAGUCAAAUAAAACAUGUCAUUCUGUAAUGUCGCCGCAUAUAACACAUUUUAUUUGAAAUCCAAAAUGAUGGAAUUGUCCAAAUAAAUAUGUAGGGGAGUGUACGCGCGCACACACACACACACACACACACACGAUACAGUUUUACGAUGCUAGUUCAAACACACACAUAAAUGGCCAUGUUUGCAAAAGUCUUCUUUGUUAACUCUAUAUAUUUUUUACUUUGUAAAGAGAAAAAAUGACUCAUGUUAAAGGGUAAUAUAUUGCCAUGUGAAGGCUCUGUGGCUUUGUCCAGUUGCAGACUGAGGUGUGUAAAUCGAUUGUCCUUAAUGUAGCUAGACUCCAGAAGCUCUUUCCAUAGAAGCAUAGUGCAGUGAGUUUUAGAGUGUCUUAUUUUCCCCCUUCUGAAGUUAUAAUGGAAUGUUGAUGUUAUGGGCUGAAAAUACCUUUAUUUUAUUGUAACAGUUCCACAAUGUUUGUCUGAAUAAAUUUAAGUCUGUCCUGUCCUGUA